CAUUCCACACCCAAUUCCAAUUUUUUUUCCCCUGUUGGCUGUUGCUGAUAAGAAAUCUUUUUAGACACAAUUUUCACAGCGCUAGUCCUAAAACAAGAAAUCAGUCUACCCUUCAAGCAAAAGACCCACAAAUAUAUUUUCUACUUUUUGCAUAAAUUCCUUUUGUUACUGCUUCUCAUUUCAGCUCACCAAAUUAAAACCACUAUACAAUCUUAAGCACGUCAACAAAUUAAACUCAUGCACUUCUUGCAUAUAAUUCAUCAUCCCAUGCAACCCAAACCCUCUUAUUUUCAUUCAACUACCACUAUUACUACUCAUUCAAACACCAUGAACAAUCAGUUCAACCACACACGUUCAACUUUUUCCCCUUCUUCUUCCUCUUUUUUUCCCGUCUUUUCUUACGGAACUAUGAUCGGCGAGAUCCAAAUACUUGAAAUCUUAUUUGCUUUGGGAGUAUAUGUAGUUAUACAUUCUCUAAGACAGAAGAAGCAUUAUGGUUUACCUGUGUGGCCCUUCGUAGGAAUGCUUCCUUCUUUGGUGAUCGGUCUUAGGUGGAACUUGUACGAAUGGCUUACCGACAUUGUUAACACACAAAAUGGCACGUUUCGCUUCAAGGGACCAUGGUUUAGUAACCUUCAGUGUGUGGUGACUUCUGAUCCUAGAAACUUGGAGCAUUUGUUGAAGACGAGGUUCUCGAACUUUCCUAAAGGAGGCUAUUUUCGACACUCCCUUAGAGACCUUCUUGGAGAUGGGAUAUUUAAUGCUGACAAUGAGACAUGGCAGAGACAGAGGAAGACGGCUAGUAUUGAGUUUCAUUCGACUCGAUUCAGACAACUCACAGCUGAUUCUUUGCUUGUGUUAGUCCAUCAAAGACUUAUACCAGUUCUAGAAGAAUCAGUUAAAAACUCUGUUCCGAUUGAUUUUCAAGAUGUUCUUUUAAGGUUAACUUUUGAUAAUGUAUGUAUGAUAGCUUUUGGGGUGGAUCCUGGAUGUUUAAGUCUAGGAUUACCUGAAAUUCCCUUCGCUCAGGCGUUUGAGAAAGCUACUGAAGCAACAGUUUUGCGUUUCAUGUCUCCAACUUGUGUAUGGAAGAUGAUGAGGUACCUUAAUAUUGGGCCAGAGAAAGUGCUAAAAGAAUCGAUAAAAGGCGUUAAUAAAUUUGCUGAUGAAGUUAUUAGGACACGGAAGAAGGAACUGGCUUUGCAAGACGAAAAUAGUAAGCAAAGAUCUGAUUUAUUGACUGUGUUUAUGAGGUUAAAGGAUGAAGAUGGACAGCCAUUUUCUGACAAGUUUUUGAGAGAUAUAUGUGUUAAUUUCAUUCUUGCUGGAAGGGAUACUUCAUCUGUAGCACUUAGCUGGUUUUUCUGGCUUAUCGAUCAACACCCAGAAAUUGAGGAGAAGAUUUUAGCUGAAAUUUGCGGAAUUACUGAAAAAAGAGAAAUUAAUGAAGAUAAUAAAGGGCCAUUAGUAUUCCGGCCAGAGGAGGUUAAGAAAAUGGAAUAUCUUCAAGCUGCUAUUUCCGAGGCCCUCAGACUUUACCCUUCAGUGCCAGUUGAUCACAAGGAGGUUGUUGAAGAUGAUGUAUUCCCAGACGGGACAAUUUUGAAGAAAGGAACAAAGGUCAUCUAUGCUAUCUACUCAAUGGGAAGAAUGGAAGCAAUCUGGGGUAAGGACUGCAGGGAAUACAAGCCAGAGAGGUGGCUUAGAGAUGGACGGUUUAUGAGUGAAUCAGCAUACAAAUUUACAGCUUUUAACGGAGGACCUAGACUAUGCUUAGGUAAGGACUUUGCCUAUUACCAAAUGAAGUUUGUUUCUGCUUCCAUUAUAUACCGAUACCAUGUGAAGGUGGCGAAAAAUCAUCCUGUUCAACCAAAGCUUGCUCUUACUAUGUACAUCAAACACGGCCUUAAAGUAAAUCUCAUCAGACGCGAUAAACCUGAACUUCAAAAGUACCUUAAGGUUAUAUAAACUAGUGCACUUUUUAAGGAAGGUGUGUAUGUCUUCUUAUAUCAGUUUAUGUUAUGAAUGUUUCAAGGUGUUGUGUAUUUAGAAGCUACAUGUUAUUGAUUAUAGGUUUGAUGAUUAAAUUUUGAAUGAAUUAAGCAGCUACAGACUAUUAUGAAUUGA